AUGGCGAACCUCCGCGCGGCGCCGCCCAACUGGACGCUGGCCCGGCCCGACACGUGGGAAGGCGUCAUCGACGCGCUGUAUGACUACAUCGAGCGGCCGCACGCGCACUGCAACAAGUCCGUACGUGUCGGCGGCCAGCCCGACUACAAGACUCGGCACUUCGAUGGCUACAAGUGGGUGUGCCUGGACCCGGAGCUGGGCAUGCUGGAGACGGACCGCUGCCUCAUCUACAGCUUCGGCGUCGACCACGACUGGUCGUUCGACGACAACGCGCAGCUGCUCGAGUGCGAGAUCCACGCCUUCGACCCGUCCAUAGGCGCCACCGACCACAAGCGCUCCGCGCGCAUCUUCUUCCACAACAUCGGCAUCGGCGGCCGGAACGAGGUGAAGACAGUGCGCCGGGGGCUGGUGUCGACGCGCCGCUGGGACAUCCGCACGUACGAGGGUGUCGUCCGCUUCCUCGGCCACCUGGACCGCACUGUGCACUACCUCAAGGUGGACGUGGAGGGCAGCGAGUGGGACAUGUUCGCGCAGAUCUUCGCGCAAUCGCCGCACCUGCUGCGCAACGUCAAGCAGAUCGGCAUGGAGGUGCACAUGGCGUUCGUGCCGGGUAGCAAGGUCGGCCUGGACAUGUGGAAGCGCUACCUCAGCACCUUCAUGCAGCUGGAGAGGAUGGGGUUUCGGCUGUUCCACUCGGAGGUGAACCCGUAUGAAGCACCGCGCAACCUGUUUAAGUGGACGCCGCGCAAGGUGUCAAGAGUCUACGAGCUCGUGUGGCUCAACCAGCCGUGGUAG